AUGACUCGAGUCAACAGCUGCGUCAAAAUCAGCUUUUUCGUGGCCAACGUUUUCUUUGCGGUUUUAGGGGGCCUCAUCGUCGCCUUGGCUUUGCUGUUGCAGUUGGUCACGCGCUUCCACGACGCUCCGAUGGCCGGUCGCUUCGCCGUCCUGACGGCGCUGUACGUGGUGGGCCUGAUAACCAUGGCGAUCGCCGCCGUGGGCGCCUACGGCGCACACCGCCAGAGCCGCGCCGCCCUCAUCGUGUUCCUGGUCUGCAUGGUGAUCGGCACCCUGAUGAUGUUCCGCGUGGCCGUCCCGCUGGCCGCCGUGCGUCCCGAGGUGGAGGAAGCGAUGUCCGACACGGUCCGAGAGUUGCUGCCGCUGGAUGAAGCCGACGAGAAGAUCAGGGUGCUCGCCGACGACAUUCAGAAAACGUUGCGGUGUUGCGGCGCCUUCAGCUACAGCGACUGGCGUCAAAACAUCCCGGACUCGUGCGCGUGCGACGUCGAGGCGGAGCGAGAGGGAAAAUGCCAGCUCGUCAGUUACGACUUGAUGAUGCUCCAGGUGAAGAAGGUGGUGUUCCGCCAGCCGUGCUUCCCGCUCCUGGCUCGCUACUUCCUCCUGAUCCUGGACGUCAUCAUCGGGCUCUCUUUCGUGCUGGCCGCGCUGGCGCUGCUCGGCCUGAUCCUGUCGUCCAUCCUCAUCCAUCAGCUGCGCCCCGGCGUGCGCCCCGCCGUGCUGCUGGUGCCCGCCAUCUUCAAGCCGCAGCCACCGAAGUACGAGGAGCUGCACAACGCGCCGGUGUAUUAG